AUGACUCGCAGAGGGUUUGGACGGUACGAAUGGUCUAUCCAUCGAGGGCUUACGUCAUGGGAUGACUAUUCAAUCUUCCCUCUACUAGUGACUGUCAGGGGGGUGGAGUGCUUGCUCGCGCACCGUCCAGCCGACUUGCAAGUCGCCAACCCGCCACCAAAUCGGAUGGGCCCCUUUUCUUUGCCAGUCCGACAACUUGUCUUCUGCCGAAUGUGCCACUUUCAGCUCCGACUAAUUGCCGGUUUCCGAUUAGAGGCUUGGUCAGACGCUGUCACGCGAUCCAUUUUGCAUGUACCGGAAGAUCAGGUGGACAUGUCAGUCUGGAGAGGCAAUUGCAGACAGACACUUGCAGCCUCACAAAUGGCCAAACACUUGUUCCUCGUGUCGCUGCCGGCCGGAGUGGGCGGUCAUCCACCGAUGCUUGUAAUCUGA